AAACACCGCAUCGAUAUCGGAAAACCUUCUGACAGUCUGGAAUGUCCAGCACUGGCGUCAUAUAAUACCUGCUGUAUACAUAGCCUAUGUAUACAGCAGCACCGACUAUCAUUCAGGCUGUCGCAUCAUCGUCUUAUCAUUACAUAUAAAAACAGAAUAGUUCUUUCGCGAUAAUACACUACACUAACUCACCAAACCCCCAAGUUCGCUUUGACAAUCAGAGCUCGCGAUGUCAUCCAACUCUUCAAACACUGUAUCAACCACAGACAUCUUAACUUAUCGUCUCAAUCGCAACAUGGUGUAUGUUACGCCACCUCGGGACAUGGAGCAAGCCCUUGAGUUUGCUCGAACUGUCUUUCCGGACGAACUUGCCGAUGUGGAUAGGACUAGAAUAUCCUUCUCAGUCACCGUCAUUUCCGGAGGGAGAAUUAGUGCCGUUGGGAUAAGCCCAUUCGCAUGGUCUGCCAUCGUACCCCAUUUAAUCCGUUACGAAGUCAUCGAUGUGCAUGUUCGACGAGACAACGAUGCACCCCCUGAGUAUUCACAUCGAGAAUCGAAAAGAUCCUCUGAAAAAACCCCGAUCUCGUAUUCACCAAUACCAAUGCAAGCUAGAGCGCGCUCAUGCUAUAGACGGCUGACAACACUAGGGAGAAAUGAGAAGUCUCGGGAGAAAGCUACUCCCUUACAUUGGUUUCAAAGGUUUCAAUGACUUGAACAUUCUUCAUCACGAACCCAUCACUUUCCUUCAUGUUCAUAUAUUUCACUUUUAUCGAUACCCUAUCUAUGGCUCUCACAACACCCCUCAGGCCCAUUGGACUGCAUAUAUAUCUCGAACACCCUGCCCUCAUUUUCACCCGUAGAUUAUUUUCUGGUCUCGCUGAAUUUCCGGUGCAUAUACUCUUAAUAUUGUCGCGGUAGAGUUACAAUUGAGAUUGAUGAGAAUUUUCACCCUGCGAAGUGUAAUUUAAAAGUGCAAAAUUUGAUACUUAGAGCUUGUACAAAGGUUCUCACUUUUCACAGCAAGCAUAACCGACUUUUGUCAAACUCAAAAUCAAUGAAAAAGUCUGAAAGUAGUUAAAAUGCUUAAUUGCAUUGUGGACCUACAAUACUUUAUCAGAAUAGUAUAUUUUUGUUAAUAUAUUUCUACAUAUCCAC